AUGUCGCCUGUGCCAACAGGCUACAAGGCGGAGUUUGAGGCAAGCGCAGAACGUCUUCUCGCCUGGCUGGAUACUAGCGCCGUGGCCCUUGAGCUGGUCACCAUGAAGGCAGCCAACAGCCAGGAGGAAGAGGGCGGCAGCCACCCAGAACGGAAUAUACAUGAGGUUUACACGCGCAUCAUAAGGGAAAUUGCUGACGAAACCCAGACAAAAGCCCUGGUCCGGUCUCUUGGCGAGCGCUAUCGCCAGGAGUUGAGUCAAGGUGCGUGA